AUGGCAGUGCAGUCCGAGGUUGCUGUACAGAGCGCUCCUAAGUCGACACACGUUCAGGAUGAAGCUCUCCAGCCAUUCCUCCAAUCUCAAUUCGAUCCGGCCGACUACCUGAAUGCGACUCUGCCCUCGUUGACCUUCUCCAACCCUACCAAGGAUCGUGUCUCUCUCGCCGAACUGUCCACACAAACCCAGACGCUUAUCUCACAACUUAAUGUGCAAACCUCGCGCCUCACCAACACUCUCAAUCAGCUCACCGAUGAUAUCCUACGAAGCGGCAGCAGGCUUGCCUACCAAGUCGAGAUGCUUCGUGGUGAGACUGCUGGCCUUACGGAUACCUUGAACACCUCCCUUCGACCCGAAAUCGCCUUAUUUGCUUCUCAGGUCUUGCUAGAGCCUACACAACCUAAAGAAGACGACGUUCCUCCCAACCAACCUGCCGUGUCAACUUCGACUCAACCCACCGAACCAGACUACAUCUCGAAGCUUCGUACGCUUGUCAUGGUGCGACAGCGUCUCGACUCCGUCAUCAAAGUUUUCGGCGAGGCCAUGGCCUGGCCCAUCGCUCCCUCCGAUCUCGUUUCGUCCUCGUUCAUCUCGGUAUCAGCUCCCUCGGCUGGAGGCCCGGAAGAAACACGCAAUCGUGAAGAGAAGGCAAAAGAACAUGCACAAAAGCUGCGAGACGAGAUCGCUCAACUGUUACAAAGUGCUGUCUCAAGCCAAGAAGGCAUCACUGCUGCAAUCAAAAGGAUCGACGAGCUGAGAGACCUCUCGACCAUCUGGAAAGGCACCGCUGAGGAGAAGGCUCGAGCCCGUCAGCUUGACAGUCUUGAGAAGAUUGUCGAGGAUGAGCAANAAGCUCUCGCUCGCAAGGCAGAUGCGAAAAAGCGAACAGCAUCUCCUGCAGCAGUCGACUAUAAGUACAACAAUGGUGCUGAGUCCACCCGUACUAGCAACCAGGGCAGCGGUUAUGGAUUCAUGAACAACUUGCGCCGUAUCAAAGAUGACAUCUACCUCGAUUGA